UGAGCUGAAGCUGCCUGAUCGUUACACAGAGACACACAGGCAGCUCUGGCAGCUCCUGUACUGGCAUUCAGGUUUCCUCCAGCUCCAGCGAUGGAUCAGUGCUGGUACCACGGCAACAUCACUCGCUCCAGAGCCGAAGACCUGCUCUCCAAAGUAGGCAAGGAUGGCAGCUUCCUUGUGCGGGCCAGUGAGUCAAUUGCUUCGGCAUAUGCACUCUGCGUGCUGUUCCGGAAUUGCGUUUAUACCUACCGAAUUUUGCCCGAUAAAGAAAAUAAGCUAAUUGUCCAGGCAUCAGAGGGUGUUCCUGUGAAGUAUUUCGAGAACUUGGAGGAACUGAUAGAAUUUUACAAGAAGGAGAACAUGGGUCUGGUAUGGCACCUCAAAUAUCCAGUGCCGCGGGAAGAAGAAGAGGCUGCAGAUGAACCAGAGGAGGAUGCUGACCUGGUACCCACGCCUCCUAUCCUGCCCCCACGCAACAUCCUCAUGGCAUUGCCGAGCAGCGAGACAAAGGAGGUAUCUUCUCUCCCUGAAAACUCCAGGGUGGCAGAUGUUAAUAAACUGUCCCUUUCUGAGACACUACUCCAGCGACUGCAGUACCAGGACACAAGCAGUGUCUCCGACGAGCAUCUUAAACUCAUCCAGGAUUACCUGCGAGUUCACAUCAUCAGUGACUUUGAGAUGGUGCAGACUGGCUCAAGCAGUCUUCCUCAACUGAAGAAACUACUUACACUUCUUUGCAAAGGACUCUUCAGUGAAGCCUCUAGGACUCUCCCGUCUUUGGAAUCCAUCCAGAAGGUGUUUGAACAGCAGCUGCACCCUGGUAUCCAUCAGCGCCCACAAAUUCUCAGUGAAGCUAGUCCGGUCAAUAUUGUGUUGAAACUCAACCAGCUGAUUUCUUUGCUGUCUUCCAUUGAAGAAAAGGUGAAAACACUGUUGAUUGAAGGUCCUGAUUCAACACACCGGCGCUCCCUUAUCCCCCCUGUAACUUUUGAGGUGAAAGCUGACUCCCUAGGAAUUUUCUCAAAAAUACAUCUCAAGGUUGAUGUGGAAAUGGGAAAACUGAUUAUCAAGAGAGCCAAGGAUGGUCCAGAAGACAAGUUUUAUACCCACAAGAAAAUCUUGCAGCUUAUCAAGUCCCAGAAGGUCCCUAACAAACUGGUGAUUGUGCUGGAAACAGAAAAAGAAAAAACGCAGCGGAAGGAAUAUGUUUUUUCUGAUUCAAAGAAGAGAGAAGGGUUCUGCCAACUUCUGCAGCAGAUGAAGAAUAAACACUCAGAGCAACCAGAGCCUGAUAUGAUCACCAUCUUCAUUGGGACCUGGAAUAUGGGUGCUGCACCUCCCCCAAAGAAGAUCACCUCCUGGUUUCUCUCCAAGGGGCAGGGGAAGACCCGAGAUGACACUGCUGACUACAUUCCUCAUGACAUCUAUGUGAUUGGCACCCAGGAGGAUCCCCAAGGGGAGAAGGAAUGGCUGGAGACCCUGAGGCAAUCCCUGCAGGAAAUCACCAGUAUCAGCUUCAAAGUGAUAGCAAUCCAUACGCUUUGGAACAUCAGGAUUGUUGUACUGGCCAAGCCAGAACAUGAGAACCGCAUCAGCCACAUCUGCACAGAUAACGUGAAGACAGGCAUCGCAAACACACUGGGUAAUAAAGGAGCUGUGGGGGUGUCAUUCAUGUUUAAUGGAACCUCCUUUGGGUUUGUUAACAGCCAUUUGACUUCAGGAAGUGAAAAGAAACACAGACGCAACCAGAACUACAUGAACAUCCUGCGCUUCCUGACACUGGGAGAUAAGAAACUGAGUCCGUUUAACAUCACUCAUCGCUUUACUCAUCUUUUCUGGCUGGGAGACUUGAACUACCGUGUGGAACAGCCCCCAACGGAAGCAGAGAAUAUUAUCCAGAAGAUCAGGCAGCAGCAGUAUCCAGAGCUGCUGGCUUUUGACCAGCUUCUCAUAGAGAGAAAGGACCAAAAGGUGUUUCUGCAGUUUGAGGAAGAAGAGAUUACCUUUGCUCCGACAUACCGUUUUGAAAGGGGUACCCGAGAGAAGUAUGCUUACACCAAGCAAAAAGCUACAGGGAUGAAGUACAAUUUGCCGUCCUGGUGUGAUCGAGUGCUCUGGAAAUCAUACCCCAUGGUGCAUGUUGUGUGUCAGUCCUAUGGCUGCACCACUGACAUCAUGACAAGUGACCACAGUCCUGUCUUUGCCACCUUUGAAGUGGGAGUCACGUCACAGUUUGUUUCAAAGAAUGACUCCAAGUACACAGAUUCCCAAGGGGAGAUAGAGCUCCUGCACUGCUACGCUACUCUGAAGACCAAGUCCCAGACCAAGUUCUACAUCGAGUUUCACUCUAGCUGCUUAGAAAGUUUUGUAAAGAGCCAGGAAGGAGAAAAUGAGGAUGGGAAUGAAGGGGAGCUUGUGGUAAAGUUCGUUGAUGCUCUUCCAAAGCUGACUCCAAUUAUAUCAGACCCAGAAUACCUACUGGAUCAACACAUCCUGAUCAGCAUUAAGUCAUCAGACAGUGAUGAAUCUUAUGGGGAAGGCUGCAUUGCUCUGCGAAUAGAAGCAACAGAAUCCUUAGUUCCUAUCCAUACUGUGCUGACACACCAUGGUGAGAAAACGGGGGUCUUCCAAGGUGAAAUCAAGUUACAAACAUCACAAGGAAAACAGAGAGAGAAACUGUAUGAUUUUGUCAAGAUUGAACGUGAUGAAAUUGCUGGGCAGAAACCAAAGAACAUCAGCAACUUAGAGCCUAGCAAAGACUGGGAUCAGACUAACAGAAAGUCAAAAUCUACUCAUCUGAUGGCCAGAGAAGCAGCAGCCAUUGCUCGCUAUUGGGGGAGUGCUUCCUCUUCUCCAGACAACCCGGGAAAGGAGGAUAUGUUACGCAGCUCCACUCCCACAGACAUUAGCAACCCCAACUACCUGGGGAUGGCUGCUUUCUCUCAGCAACCCUCUGCAACCAGCCAGCUUAAGCAGAUACCUUCACCAGACCAGUCACCUUCUCUCUGGAGCUACGAGCAGCAGCCCAAAGAGACUACCUCCGUAAUGGGACAGAGUCAGUCAUCCUCCACAUCACCCUCCUUGUCACCUCUAUCUCCAAAACCAACUCUCCAGCCUACAGUAAACAGAAGCAUUUGUAGUCGGAGUCAAGAGUACCUGCCACCUGAACUGGCGAAAAUCACAGCAGAACCUUUGCUUCAGGAGGAGGGACAGCAAAAGCCAGAGAUGUUUGAGAACCCACUGUAUGGCUCUAUGGGUUCUAAGGGCAAGGUGGCAUCAAAGAAAGAGCAGGACUACCCCAAGGCUUUGCGAAAAGAGCAGCCACCACUGCCUGAUCAGAGCUGUCAUCUCACAAAGUCACAGGAGCCUGAGAGCAGCAAGACCUCUGGCAAACAACCAUCACCACCCUUCCUGGUCCCCACACAGCGAUUUCGGUCCUAUACCUGCUCCAGCCAAUCUGAAGAAAAGAAUACAGGUGAAAAGACUCAAGGCAAACCAAAGAUGACUACAUCAUUAGAAAACUCAGCACCGCUCAAAAAACUAGUCAAGCCAUUGAGGUCUGAAGUCAGCCCAAGCACCCAGGGACAGCACAACAAGCCACCUCUUCCCUCGAAGAGCAGGGCAGUGCUGGACAUGCAGAACUCCAAGGGCCGAGACUAUCGGGACAGUUCAGAGCUGCCGCACUCUGGGAAGCAUUGGACAGAAGAGGGACCAGUUGGCAGGACAACUACAUCGUGAAAACGACACGGCAGAUGGCACCCUAGGAGGAAUCCUGAUGGGAAGAAAGAUGGAGAUUACUGCUUUGUUCACAUUGAUGCCCUCUGGUCUGGUUCUAAAAAGACUGGGGAUUUUUAUUUUUUAGGGUGUAUCGCUCUUUAUGAUUAUGGGAAUGUUCUAGCUGAGAAGUUUAUCCUAUGUUGCUCAGACCGAGAGGAGCCAGGACCACAAUACCAAAUGCAAAUUAGCCUUUUGUAGUGUCACUUUGGUACUUCUAUUAAGAGGCAGGUGGUUAAGUACAUGCAUUAGCAAAUAUUUUGAAAAAGAGGAAGGUACGGUGUAAGGACUAGGAGAUGGAAGGGGUGUAUUUAAAGACCCCCCUUUCUACAAAAGCAAAAUUUUUGUGUUACAGAAUUCCUAUUAAAGAGUGAUAUGUAAAAGAAAGCAUUUUGAAAGCGGUACAGCUCCAAAAGCCUGUCCUAUCCAUGGAGCAAGGAGUUAGGGGAGGGUGGGAAACGAGUUUGAAUAGCAGAUACUAUGUCACACAGACAGAUGACUGUCACACACUGUCAACGGAGCCAGCUUUGCCUCUACUGUGAGCUCCUAGGCUGCAUACAUGCAUUAUUCAUGUAGAGUGUGAGGGCUGGCCCUUGGCACUGUAGCUCUUUUUUUUUUCCAGCCGGUAAUGCUUUUGUACCCCUAACAAACAAAGGGAAAUAUCAGAACUACAUGCAGAAAUAGGAGAAUAGGCAGGGUCCAUAGGCAGCCUAGGAGUAUAGCUGCCUGAAGGGACAGACAGCAGUCAUUCCAGCCUGCCUUACAGCAAGCACUCUGCUUUUGAAGGACAGUGGCUGGCUGGUUUUGUAGCAUUCUUAAUAGAUUAAUGCUGACCUUACUGUACACUUUUGUUCAUUGACUGAGAAUGAAUAAUGUUAACAUGUAAUUUCUGUUAUAUUCAUCUUAAGUAUUAAUGCCAUGGUUACAAUUAGGCUAUGCCUGUUUGUGACUUAAUCAUUGCUAUUGUUUUCAUGUUGAUUACUUAAAAAUAAUAAAAAUCACCUUUCUGAUCAUUCUUUACUGAAAAUUCAAAACUGCCUGCCACAUAAUUCAGCUUUAGUUGGGUGUUACACCAGCUUGCUCAGUGGCAGUGGUCCCUGCCCAGAAGAAACACCAAAGACACCAAGGAGUGCUGGGAAGAUGCCACAAUGCCACUGCAAUAUUGUGACUGAGGAUGCAUCUGUCUGUGUGCACAGACCCUUCGUGUAUACAGCUGGUUUAAAAAUUCUAGCACCUGUUAGCAGGUACAGUUACUAUUUGUAUGAGUAUAGACAAUGUACAGUAAUUUUACUGGAGCAGAAGAGGCUGAGCAUAGACUUGUGAGAAUGGGUGGAAGAGGACAAUCUGUAAGGUAGAAAUAUUUUUAAAAUAGAGGUUUUUCUGCCAUGCAGGUUGGAGUUUCAAGGCAUCAUUACUGAAACACCUGGCUGUCUAACCUACAAGUCAGCAAGACAGGCCAUAAGCUUACAUUCCUCUUGCUUUAUUCAACAGAAUCCUCUCUGUGUAAUCCCCAUAAUUCAAUAGCUGUGGUAUUUCCUUGGCCCUGGGGAGCAUUUCACUUUUCUAUUCCAGAUUCCAGAGGAGCUUUUAUGGCCACAGAGUAAAACCUUCCUGGAGCAGUGAGCUUUCUGUCCAAUAUAGAGAGUUAGAUCAGUUCCCACUAAUUCUGUGGUGUGUUCAUGUAUGUUUGGAGAUGGAAAUGUGACAGGCUUUCUACAAAAAGUUUUAACUUAAUAAUGAGACAGGCUCAGAUUUUCUGUGAUGCUAGUGUUUAUCCACUGACUUCCUGAGCUGUAGAAAAGAAGGUAUAUUCCUCAAAGUUUGAAAAAUAAAAGCUUGAUAUAAAGCAAGGUAGCUUCUUGCAAAAAAUAUUCUCCUAAUUGGGAAAACUGCUUAAAGUUGGCCCAGAUUUGCAGAUAAGCAGAAUUUGAGAACACUGGCCUUACUAAGGCAUAAUAUAACAUCCAGGUACUUGAUCUGGCCUGUCCUUUAGAAAGGCAUAUUGCUGGGGGAGAAGAGAAGCUCUCUGCCAAGUUUCCAGAAGAAAAAAAUACAUUACUAUUCCCAUACUAAAAAUGCAUUACUUACCCAGCUCAAGAGCUGGGUAUGAAUUAUCACUUGUGACUCCAAAGAGAGUCUGAGUUAUUCUGUAUGACAGGAGUGAUGGCAAAUGCCACCACGCUUUUUGCAAGUGGAAAAUGUUCAAAAGAAAGCUUUGUAAAGAGCUUUCUAAGGCCUCUGCAGAAGAGACAGUUCUCAGGUGAGCAGCUUAGACAUAGAGUGGUAGAGAUGAGCUGGUGCAAAAAAGUAGUGGGACACUGUGCAAGUGCUUGUCUUUAUAGUAAGACUAGCUGUACCUUGAGAUGGUAGAGUUGAUAAUGCCAACUGUGGGAGCUUGCCAGAUGUAAAUAUUAGAAAACUGAAUUUAACAA